AUGGCAUCACCAGCCCUGCCCAGUCAGCACCGGGCCCUCGUCCUCGAAACUCUUGAAGGAGGAUUCUCGGUCAAAACUGUCCCAACUCCAAAACCAGAUGCCGGUAGCGCCGUCGUACGCAUCCUUGAAGCCGGCGUGAUCUCAUAUCAUCGUGAGAUCUAUAAUGGAGAGCGAAAGUAUGAGUUCCCGAAGCCUCUGGUCGGGGGAUUGAGUGCCAUAGGACGCAUCGCCGCCGUGGGCCCAGAUGCCGUGGUGCUAAACCCUGGCCAGCUCGUCUGGGUAGAUUGUGUAAUCCACGCCCGAGACAACCCCGACUCUCUGUUUCUCAGCGCUAUACACGAGGGCAGUGACGCUGGAAGUCGGAAAUUGAGUAGCGAUGUCUGGCGCGAUGGAGCGUUCGCCGAGUACAUGAAGGUGCCACUCGAGAAUUGCAUCCAGCUAGACGAAAACAGGCUGUGUUCGGAGCUGGGAUACACCACUCGCGAGUUGAUGUAUAUGAUGUACCUACUGGUGCCGUUCGGCGGCCUGAGGGAUAUCCGCCUCGAACCCGGUGAGACGAUCGUUGUGUCUCCUGCGACUGGCGGCUUUGGUGGUGCGGGUGUUCAGGUCGCAAUAACAAUGGGGGCAAGGGUGAUUGCUAUGGGGAGAAACGAAAAGGAGCUGGCCAGGUUAAAGAAGCAUAUCAAGAAUGGGACACCAGGAGCCAACAUCGAAACCGUCAAGAUCAUAGGGAAUUAUGAAGCCGAUGUCGCGUCACUGCAAGCUUUCGGGACCAUCGACGCCGUCAUCGACCUCACACCUCCUUAUGCAUGCAAAACGACGCACCUGAAGAGUGCCAUUCGCUCCUUGCGUCGAGGGGGUCGGUGCAGUAUGAUGGGCUACGUCGAAGACGUGAUGAAUUGGAACGUCAUGGCCCUGAACCAAACGUUGAAAGGGAAGUUGAUGUAUGAGAGGGAGGACAUUGUGCUGUUUGUUAAGAUGUUGGAGCGAGGCAUGUUCCCUCGUGGAAAGAACCUCGUGGAUCCCAAGGUGUUUAAGACGGAGGAGUGGAAGGAAGCACUUGAUGCAGCAGCGGAAUGGACAGGGCUUGGUAAGACAGUUAUGAUUGAGCCAUGA